AGCUUUGAAUUGUUAAUAACCCAAGCUGGGGAUAUAUUCAGACUCCAGUCAAGCUAUCUCAAUUCUGACUCAGACUUCAAGCAGGAGCUGUCAAGUUUUUUCAGAGCCAAGAAGAUCUCAGUCUUAGAGGGUAGAGAUGCCCCCAUCACGGAGGCGAAGAGGCGAAAGAGCUCUAGAUCGGCUAGCCGCUCACAAUAAGUCUCCAGAGCGUAGCAACAACGGCAAGGACGGGAAUAAGAAAAAUAAGAAGAACCCCAAAGAGAAACCCAAGGAGAAACCCAGGGACAAAGAGAAGACUCUCAACCAACAACAGGACGACGCCACCCAGCAGGAACUUCGCAGCCUCAGGGAAGAAGUUGCCCGCUAUAAGGCAGAGGAAGAGAAACGCCGCAACACAGGGACUCAAGAGGGCAUCCAGCAGCAACAUCUGAACGGGGGCCAGCAGCAGAUGCAACAAGGGAACCAGCAGCUUCUACAGCAGGGACCCCAGGCAAGCCAGGGACAAGUACAGCCGGACAUUCAGCUACUACAUGUGCAACAGCAGCUGAAUCAGGCCGGAGCAGCAGGCGUCAUGGGUCAAGGUACUGGGGAAGGUCUGCAGGUUCAAGGUGUGAUGCAAUAUCCUUACAAUUUGGGUUUACCUAAUGGUCCUGUAGAAGUGUCUUGUAAUAGGGUCGAGACAAGCAGCAUCCUUCCCUCUGUCCCUUUAGAGGUCAAGAAGAAGAUUUGGGGUAACCAGUUCGUGCCUUUGGAAACUCUGUUGCGAACAGAGGAAGCUGAUGUGGAAGAUGGGAAAAUGCUGCUUGUCUUUGACCCUAACAACGCUAAUAAUCCAAUGUCGCUAAGCAAGAAGAAGUCACCUAAGAUAACUAACCUGCAGCAGUGGAUCAAGGGCUAUCAAGCCUUGAUGUUGGUAAUGUUAGAGAAUAACCCCAACCGAGCCAAGGAGCUCAUAGGGUAUCAGUGUAUUAUCAUGGAUGCCGCAGCCAAAUUCCCUAUGCAUCAGUGGUUGCAAUAUGAUGAGAAAUUUAGAAAAUCCACAGCAGGUAUUCCAACUAAAAGAUGGGAUGUUGUCGACGUCCAGUUGUGGGUAGUCACGUUCACCUGGGCUCCCAGAGCAUCAUGUAACCUAUGCCAGUCCCCAAAUCACUGGGCAAAGGACUGCCCUGCGAAAACCAAAGGGCAUUUCAAUUCCACCAAUCCGAAAGGGGGGCGACCUAACUUUAGGUCUUGUUAUGACUUUAACAAACCUAGAGGUUGUAACAGGGAUCACUGCAGGUUCUCACACAAGUGUAGUAAGUGUGGAAGGGACGGGCAUAGCAUAUUUGAAUGCUCUGGGACACCCUCACAUGGGAUGAAUUGAACUUGGUAUUCAUGGAUAAUUACUUGAUGUUUCAGCCUGUUCCAUGACUGAAAACCCAGCGGUAGAGAUAUGUAACUAUGAUACUAACUUAGUGACUCCAAUCAAUGUUGUAGAAUUGGAAAAAGAGCUUUCCUUGUACCCCAACAAAGAGUUAGUUAACUACUUGGUGAACGGCUUCAAAGUAGGAUUCAGUUCAGGGUAUACUGGACCAAAGAUUUUCAGGAUUUCUAAAAACUUGGUGUCUUGUAAAGAAAACCCCGCUAAGAUCGUGGAAAACAUUCAGAAAGAACUCCUAAAGAAAAGACUAGUAGGCCCAUUUCUGAAUCCUCCUUUCCAGUUCUUCCAAUGUCAUCCUAUCGGAGUUGUUCCCAAAAAACAUAGUGAGGACUGGAGAACUAUUUAUCACUUGUCGUAUCCCGAAGGGGAAAGUAUUAAUGACUACAUUCCCAAAGAGGAUUUCUCUGUAAAAUAUGUGACUAUUGACGAUGCUAUUGCCAUGUUGAAACGUCUGGGCAAGGGAGCCUUCAUGGCUAAGACCGACAUAAAAUCUGCCUUUAGAAUCAUCCCACUACACCCUAAGGAACAUGAACUGUUUGGCAUUUGUUGGGAUAAUAAAUUCUAUUACGAUAAAUGCCUAGCCUUUGGUCUCCGAAGC